GAUGAAACAAUAACAGUUGGGUAGGUGGGAAAAAGGGACCAUUGGGAAGAAUUAGGAAAAAAUCUCAUGGAGGAUGUAUCAUUUGAAACAGAACUUAAAGAUAUAAAAAAUGUAGUAGAGGGUACUGGAAGCGUGUUACUAUUGGAAGGAAUAACAUGCAAGGUAUGAAAGUAGGAACAAGGAGGCCAGUUUCAGAGGCUCUGUUUGGCAGGAAUAUGUGGAGUAUACAGAAUGAGUUAUAGAUGGGGUAUGGUCAGAACAUGAAUAAUAAAAAUAGAAAUAAUAGCUUGAACGCCAGUGUAGGUUUUUAGUAAUGCUGUUGUCCCCAGAGAGCCAUUGUAGGAGUUUUGAGUGGGAUGGUGAUGUGGAAGCUUGCUCCUGUCCCAUCCUUUGUCUCCUGAGCAGUAUUAGCUUUGCCUCUGUCCAGCAAAACUUCAGCCAACGAAUCAAACCUCCUGGCUCCGGACUUUCCUACGAGGUACCUCUUCUUGGAGAGCUGUCCAAAAUACAACAGAAACCAGGCACUAGAUGCUAGUAAAUGUGUACAGUGUGUUGAAAGGGUGUUCAAAAGUAGACGGUGUUCAGAUGAAGAGUACAGAUAAGAGGUCUUUGGUGGUUAUAAUAUUAAUAGCAAUACGGGGCAGGGAGUUGCGAUUUCAGGGUGUCAAAGAAUAAACUGACGAAAAGAAGAUGAAUGCAGAUAGUAAAUUCCAACUACUGAGCCAGAAGAAUGAAUUGUAUGUGGCCAGGCUUUUGAGGCAGCCAGGACUUAAAUUGGCAUUAGUAUACAAAGUGUGAAACCCGAACAACUAGGGGGUUAUUUUGAGGCCACCCAUUAGGCCUUAGAAGUACUAUCCCUCCUAGUGCAAUGUUGAAAGGACUGAGCUCUGCGGCUAUUAAGAUGGACCUGGAGAAGCUGUCUGUGUGUGUUUGAUGAUCUUAAGUUUUUCUGUGACGUGGACUUUGAGGUCACCGGGGUAGGGGGAGGGAAGUACCCUUGGCAUUGGCAGAGCUUGAAGGUCUGAGCCGGUUCCUGCUGGGGAAUAAAUAAAGGAGGCAGAGCAACGCUUUUUUUUUUUUUUUUUUUUUUUGGCCGUGGCCAGGGCAGGGUUCUGUCGGGGCUCUAUGAGCAUGGAGCAGGGGUCCACCUGGGGCCUAGGACGCCUGCAGAUGGGCCUCCCUUAGCCCCCACGGCCGCGGGCUUCAGCGCGCCCCCGCUCCCUCGCUCCGCAGGGUCUCCCGGGUACCGGCAGGCCGCAGCGGGAGCUGCUUUCGCUCUUCCCCUUGCGGGUGCGUGUGCCGCGGACGCCCCGGCAGGCAGGACGCGGAGGAGGAGGCGGCCGCCAUGCCCGGCCUGCGACUCCCCGCCUCGGCUUCCCGCCCGCCGCCCCCGCGGAACGGCCUGCUGCAGCCCCUGUGAGGAGGAAGAGGCGGCGGCGGCGGCGGCGGCGGAGGAGGAGGAGGCACCACCCCCUUGGCAAGCUCCCCGACCCGGCGGCCUCGGCAGGACCCAUGGCGGACUCCUCGCCCGCACUAUCCCUGCGGGAAGGCGGCCCCCGCGCGCCGCGGCCCUCGGCCCCCUCGCCGCCGCCGCUCUCGCGCUCCGGCUCCGAGUCCGAGGAGGCCGAGCUGUCGCUGAGCCUGGCCCGCACCAAGACCCGCUCGUACGGCAGCACCGCCAGCGUGCGGGCUCCGCUGGGCGCCGGCGUCAUCGAGCGCCAUGUGGAGCACCGGGUCCGCGCGGGCGAUACGCUGCAGGGCAUUGCGCUCAAGUACGGUGUCACGAUGGAGCAGAUUAAAAGGGCCAAUAAACUGUUUACCAAUGACUGUAUAUUUCUGAAGAAAACUUUGAACAUCCCAGUUAUAUCAGAGAAGCCUUUGUUGUUUAAUGGACUUAACUCCAUUGAUUCUCCAGAAAAUGAAAUUGUUGAUAACAGUUUUUCUCAGGAAGAGGGGCCAGUGGUGCCCGGGGAAGACCUCCCUCCUCCCAGUCCUCAAGAAUCUGAUGUUCAGCCUGUGCAGCCUGAGGAAGUAUCAGCCAGAGAUUUCCUGCAGAGACUUGACUUGCAGAUUAAGUUAUCAACACAGGCAGCCAAGAAGCUAAAAGAAGAGAGCAGAGAUGAAGAAAGUCCCUAUGCAACUUCCCUCUAUCACAGUUAGGUGAUUUGGGGGCAUAACUCUAACCAAAAUUAAGAUAUGUUUGGACCUUAAAGAAUCCAACAACUGAAGAUUCAAAAACAUCCCUUCUGGAUUCCUAUAGUGUCCAUCUUAAAAUCAUAACUAGGUAGUUCUACCUGCUGCAAUUGCACUGAAGUGAUUAGUUCCCUCUGGCUUUCUAUAAUUUUAAGUCUUUAUUAUGGCAUGAUGGCAAGGUUGUAUCCUAAAGCUCAUCACUUUUGUAGGUGGUGUUAGUUUUUAGACUAGCUUUUAUAAAUACUAAUUGACAUAAAGCAUCAAAGACUAUUUAUAUAUUUAGGCUAAAAAUAAUGUUUAUCUCCUUAUGCAAUCCUGAUCAUGUGAAAAUAUGGUUGCUGUUUAAGUGAUGCUGAAUUUGCUGUGUGUUUAUAACUUAAGUGCUAUAUAUAUAUUUCGAUAUGUCUUACGUAUUCUCUAUUAAUAUAAAGAACCAAAUUUUGUCCGCUAUUUUGUAACAAUAAACUACAAAGCCUGAAUGAGAAAAUAAACUAUGUUUUUAAACUUGA